UGAAAAUAGAGUCCCCAAAACGCAGGCGAAACAACAGUAAACGGCGAUGGCAUGCUUGUGUUUCAUGGUGGAUCAGACGAGGAAGGUGAGGAGGAGUAAGCCGGUGGCCGGAUCAUGCUCGAGGUGCGGCAGCGGAGCCAGCGUGGCCGACAUGAAGACGGAGACAAGGUUCUGCUACGUACCAUUCUACUGGAAGUCAUGGAAAGCAAUCAUCUGUACUUUUUGUGGAGCCACUCUUCGAUCUUACCCAUGAACUAUAUUAAUAUGGGCAAUGUUUGGUAGCCCAAACAUGAGGUUGGUUCGAAUGACUCGAAAUUUAUCGUGCCGUCAUCUGGUGAGGAAGUUAUUAGUCGCGGUCGAUAAAAGUGACAAUCUCGGUAGACAAUCUUUCACCCAGUGGUGUGGGUAGACGUCCGGCCGGUCAUCCGAAUGGACGACCGGCCAACACUCAUUCGGGCCAUUCGAGUCCCUCCAAUUCGAACUACCACGUUUUUUCCAAUUAAUAUAUAUAUAUAUAUAUAUAUAUUUUCAAUUAUUAUUGUUAGUUCAUUUUUCGCUUUUAGUCUCUAACCUUUCAAGUUGUAAUUUUGAUAUACCUUUCUGAUUCUUGUAA